GCCCGCGCAUGCGCACUGAGUGUCACGCGGCCGCCAUUUCGCGAGAGCGCCUUCUUCCCCCUCUCGCCCAUUGCCGCUGCCGCACUCGGUCCCCUCCCUCCCGCCGCCCUCUUCUUCAUCUUCCUCCUCAUCCGUCUUCCCCGCCACUUCGGCAAACGGCGUGCGGCGCAAACUCGACAAAUCUGCGGUGGUGGCUGCGGUGGUGAGGGGAGUUGAGCGCCCACCGGCGGCGGCGGCGAGGAGGAGCCGAGAAUCUGGGGGGGGUGGGCCAAUAGGAGCCGUGGCCGAUGGCGAGCGAGGAGGUGGCAGAGGCCACACCCUCUGGCGAGGAGGAGCUGGACGGCUUCACUCGGCUGAAGGAAGGGGGGCCGCCUACCCAGGGCACGGGACUCGUGGAUGAUGACCCCACGUCAAACAUACCCAAGAAGCCCGAUGAGUCGGAGGAUGGUGACCUGGACCAAGUGCCUCUGGUUUCAGAAGUGGCUCUUGCAGUGAAAGAUGGCACUGAAUCAGCAGGUGGCACUGUAGUUUCCGAGCCCGCUGACACAAACGCCAAUGCCACGAUUAUGGACAGCGCCGAGGUGAUCUCUAUCGAGAUGUCUCACAUGGCCCCCGACAUGAUGGUUCACGUGAUGAUCGACGGUGCCUCCGAACAGAUUGUCAACAUGGCCGCCGACGUCACGGCUCCGGUGGAAGCCACCUCUGUCGACAGCGUUGCUGACGUAACAGUGGCUGACGUGACCGUCGAAGAUGUGGAAAUGAAGGAUGAGACGCUGCCUUUCCAUGCUGCUACAGAUGGCGCCGAGGUGAUUGAAUUCAUGGACACCGCUGCGGUGAUGGACGUUGUGGAAGUCACGGAAGGGACGGAGGCAAAAGAGAGUGAUGAUGCCUUUGCCGAUGCCGGAUCGCUGAGGGUCCUGAGCGUGGAGACCAUGGAUACUGCCACAUCUGGCAUAGGUGAAGUGACGAAUGUUUUAGAAACCAAUUUUGCCACUGCAGUUGCAGAUGAUUCUAUUGCCAGCAGCGCAGCCCAGCCUAAAGAGAACGACGAUUCUGUACAGGAGAUCUCCGCCGAGGGAGGUUUCACAGCCUACGUGGGCACUGCAGCAGAUGCCGACGUCGCUACAAAUGAACAGGGGUUCACAGAAAGAGACACCGGUGAUGAAACCAACUCGGCUGAAGUCGACGCUGUUGUGGAGUCCGUUGACGUUAAUGAGCUGAAAGCGGAAACGUCCGACACCACUGAUGUCAUCGCCGUCAUCGUGGGCACAGAGAUGACAAACGUGGCUGACGGCAGCAACACCAGUAACGCCGAUACUGAAGUGGCAGCGACGACCAGCUCGGGCAAUGGCUUGAUUGAAUCGUUGGAAGCAGGCGGAGUGGCUGGUGGUGCUACUGUUGUGAGUGUGUCCGGACCAGAGGACGUCGCGUUCGUGACAACCAUAAGCGUGGCGAGUCCCCUGGACGUGAGCACUAGCGUGGCCAGCGUGACGGACGUGACUUCGGCGGCGCUGCGGGCCCUGCAGGCCGUGGCCUCGCAACACGUGGGUGGUGGGGCGAGCGCCUCCAUCUCUGAGGACACACACAUCAUCACACUGCACCCAGUGAGCCUGGAAGAGACGGGAGAAGGAGGAGGAACCUCCAUUGGAGAGAUCACGCUCGUGCAGGUGCAGGCAGGUGGGGACGCGCCACAGGCUUCAGGCAUCGUGACACAGGUGGUGCCCAUGGAGAACCAGGGCCUGCUCACGGAGAUGGUCCCCGUGGACCAGCAGGGCCUGGUGACCGAGGUGGUACCCGUGGAGAGAGGCAUGCUCACCGAGGUGGUGCGCAUCGGCGAGGACGGCACCGUAACUGUCACCGACGGGGAGGAGCUCACCGCAGACGGGCUCAUGGCAGAGGUGGUGCCGACGGGGGAGGAAGGGAUAAACGAGGGAAUCAUCGCUCAGAUCGUGCCGGUGCAGGAGGGGGUCGAGUCUGGUGGUGAGGGAGGCAUCAGCCACACGCUGCCGCUGCCGGAGGGGGUGCAAGUGGUGAAAGUGGGGCCCAACGGGGAGCUGGAGGUGGAGCGGGCCCCGAUGGGCUCGCAGGACGGGAGUGUUGACGGGGACGGGAUUGGGUUGCUCAUUACUGCCCCCGACCCUGAGGAACGCAGCAAGGAGAAGGACCCAGACUACCAGCUUCCCGUAAAGAAGCCUGUGCGGAAAGGGCGCAAGAACAAGCUGCGAUACAAGCAAGAGGCGGCCGACGCCGACAUCUCGGUGUACGACUUUGAGGAGCAGGAGGAGGGGCGUCUGGUGAGCAGCCAGGACGUCGGCGUGGAGAAGGCGAUCGCACCCAAGCCACCCAAGCCCACGCGCAUUAAGAAGAAAGGAGCCAAAAAGACGUUCCAAUGCGAGCUGUGUAGCUACACAUGCCCACGCCGUUCCAACCUGGAUCGGCACAUGAAGAGCCACACGGACGAGCGACCACACUGCUGCCACCUGUGCGAACGCGCCUUCCGCACCGUCACGCUGCUGCGCAACCAUGUCAACACGCACACCGGCACAAAGCCGCACAAGUGCAUGGAGUGCGACAUGGCGUUUGUGACGAGCGGGGAGCUGGUGCGCCCGCGCUACCGGCACACCCACGAGAAGCCCUUCAAGUGCUCCAUGUGUGACUACGCCAGCGUGGAGGUGAGCAAAUUGAAGCGCCACAUCCGGUCGCACACAGGCGAACGCCCUUUCCAGUGCGGCCUGUGCAGCUACGCCAGCAGGGACACCUACAAGCUCAAGCGCCACAUGAGGACCCAUUCCGGCGAGAAGCCCUACGAAUGCCACGUGUGCCACGCGCGCUUCACUCAGAGCGGCACCAUGAAGAUGCACGUACUGCAGAAGCACACGGACAACGUGCCCAAGUACCACUGCCCGCACUGUGACGCCGUCAUCGCGCGCAAGAGUGAUUUAGGUGUUCACCUCCGCAAGCAGCACGCGGUGCUUGAGCGCGAGCUGAGGUGCCGCUACUGUCGCGCCAUCUUCCACGAGCGCUACGCCCUCAUGCAGCACCAGCGCACGCACCGCAACGAGAAGCGCUUCAAGUGUGACCAGUGCGAGUACGCCUGCAAGCAGGAGCGACACAUGAUCAUGCACAAACGCGUGCACACCGGGGAGAAGCCAUUUGAGUGCACGCUCUGCGACAAGACCUUCCGCCAGAAGCAGCUCCUCGAUCACUUCAAACGCUACCACGACCCCAGCUUUGUGCCCACCACUUAUGAGUGCAGCAAAUGCCACCGCAACUUUACUCGCAGGGUGACACGAUGGAUGAAGCACUUUGACAUGUGCGAUGGAGAGCUGGAAAGUGGCGAGCAGAACGGCAAGGCUCGGCGCGGGCGCCGCCGGGGGCGCAAGCGCAAGAUGCAGUCUCGCAAGCACGGCUCGUCGAGCGAGUCGGAUGAAAUGCCCACGGACGAGGAUGAGGAAGAGGAGGAGCUGAAUGAGGAGAGUGUGGAAGUAGCGGAUGAGGAAGUGGAAGAGCCAGAGCCGCCCCCCAUGAAGCGGCGCCGUGGCCGCCCUCCAAGGCCAAGCCAGGCCGCCCCGCCAAGAAGGUUGGCUGGCUCAGCAGAGAUCAAGACGGAGCCAAAGACGGAGCCCACAGACUUGGACUCCACUAUAGACAGUGUGGCCUGCGGCAUCAUCGAGAUCAUCCCGGUGACGGUGGGCGGACCCCGAUGGGCCUGA